AUGUUACUAAUUGAGUUCCAGACUGCCAGUUGGAAGUUCACCUGGAAUACCUACACCCGGCAGUACCCUACCUACCUGACCUCUAGGUACCUACAGGACGCGGCACUUGAUUUCUUCUCCGAUAACGAACUCCCGAGCUGUAUGUACAAUGUAGAUGGUACCUCUUUGCUGUACAUUGUAUCUCUCGCUACCUACCUACAUACCACACCGCUUUAUUCACCUCCCUUGCACAUCUUGGCUAGAGGUGCAGUGUUCCAGCUUUGCGUCUCUAGCAGGUGGGAUGAUCGUCACCAUGUCUUGCGUCGAGCGCAAUGUUAUCAGCAGCUUCAGCCCCGAGACAUUGGACUGAACGUGGAAUGGGGUGUUCGUCGCUCGCUCGCUCGCUCGCUCAUCACUAUGGGGGGUACUUCAAGCGUGGGUCACCCUCUUCGACUACCUCCUACAGGUACAGGUACCCUUCCCCCUGGACGGAAGAAUCUUGGUUCUGCAGCGACUACUGUAAGGCCAACUGCAGGCACGGAGAUGUCUCUUGGAUGGUCGGCUCACUCGGCACAGGCCAUCGCCCUUCGAGCGGUGCUCCGUGGCACCUAUGAGCGCUUCGUGGCUGGCGUUGGCGACCAGCCGCGCCAACCUGCAUGUGAUACAGGAAUAGCCUGCGGGUCUGCGGGCUAUACCUUUUAG